AUGGAGAACAUUCGCAGUGCAGACAGUGAAACAAGCGUUCGGCACGUUUUCGGUUGUGAGGGUUUUGACAGCAGUGAGGCCAUAGAUGCAUCGUUCCAUCAGAACACGAGCACCCGGAACGGGCCAACAGCCGAUGGAUGUUACUUCAAUGCCGUGUUCAACGACAGCAGCGAAACGUACGUGGAUGAGGAUGAAAUCGUUUCAAGUCUCGGCACAACAACAGGUUCCGAUCCGUCUACGGUCGUCAACAAACCAUCAUCGGCAACGGUACGGUUGACAGUUCCGGAUGGAUCGCAACCCUUCCGUCGAAGCCAUUCGAUGCGAUCGUCCUUUAACUCGUUGCGUAGUUUGCGUACGAAGCUAAAGCCCAGUACAAACACAUCCGGCAGCAGCGGUACGAUAGGUGGUGCACACUGUCAUCUGCCAACCGUCGGUGACCUGGCAAGAUCUCCAUCGGCCGGUAGCACGGCAAAGCAACGAUCCAAACCCCGCACCAACGCUAGCAGCUCCAGCAGCUUACACUUUACGCGAUCCACCAGCGAUGAUAUGCGGCGAAGCUUACGAAACAAGCUGCACAAGCUUAAAAUCACCUACAACGAGUUGCGUCGCCUUCAGACGAAAGUUCUGCAGGACAAACGCACCCUUGACGACGACGUACCGGAAAACAUUCCUCCCAAAGCGGCUGCCCUGCUUAUGGAAGGAUUUUCCCGUACGAGCAGUGUUCAAAGUUCGUUGAAAGUUCACCGAAGGCAGCCACCAGCAGCAGCAGAAGCCAACACCUCCGUCACUGUGACGCGCGCUAGCUCGGUGCGGGUGAAAGCAGCACGUCCAUCACCGCUGGUUUUUGCAAAUUUUGACCACCGGGUAGAAAGUUUGGUGACAGCGGAUCAGGGUACGAAUUUAAAAGUGAUCCGAAAGGCGAAUCAGAAACAGGAAGCAGAAGAACCAACGCCAAACUUGGUAGUAAUCGGUGGAAAAGCAUCAGAGUCGUUGGUGGAGGGGCCAGAGAAGGAGCCGGACAAGGUGACGUCUGAAGUCGAAGUAUCAAACCGACCGGUUGACCGGCAAUCGGCAUCACAUGGACAACAUCAGCCGCUUACCGUCACGAGGACGGCCACCAUACGGAAAGGAUCGGUGUGGGCGAACAAUACGACCAAAAUCAGUCUUCCCGAGCUGGUCACACGAUCACUCUCGAAUCUCGAGCUGCCAAGUUGUCGCGUGCCCUGUCCCAGCAUUAUACCACGGCCGGCCGAAGCGUCACCGAACCACAAAUCGGCCGCCAGCUCCAGCUGUUCGCUGUCCACGAUCGAAACGCAAACGGUAACCGCAUCGGUUCAAUCGCUGCCCAUCACAAUCGCCACCACCAAUCCGACCACCAGUACCGUUUCGUUGACGUACGAAGAUGAGUUAUCCCGCAGCCCGGGCCGAAGGAAACCCCGUAACUCACCGCUCGGUUCCCUGCUGGCUGCGGUCACCUCACCCGUACUGAGCCGUAUCUCUAGCGCCAGCUCACCCAACCUUUCCAGCAGCUGCUCUACAUCGUCCGGCAGCCGAAUGGAGUACCUGCUACCCCACCAGCAGCAUCCACCGGGUGCGGGUGCUGGAUCAGCCACGGCACAACAGCAACAAAUUCUACCCAAACAUCGGCAACAUUCGCCGAAGAUUAUUAAGAAAACACGCCACCUUUCAACCAGCUCGGUCGAGGAGACGGAUGCGUGCGAGCUGAGGGGUAGUGGGGGCAAGAGCAGCCGCCACCACACGGUUAGCCAAGCCCAUGCGGAAGCGGAACGUAAUGCACGCAAUGCGCAACACUUGCUGCUACGUUCAAAUCGGCUCACCGUCAGCGAUAAUCAUAAUUUAAGUAACAUUGGUGGAAACAAUGGUACCGCAAUCACCACCAGCACCAGUACAACCAACUCGGUCGACGUUUUGGCGGUACAUAAUGCGAAAAGUGUUUCCCCCUUGCCAGCGUAUCAGCAUCAGUAUCAGCUUCAGCACCAACAAUCCGGACCACCACCACCACCACCUUCCUACUGGAAGCAAAAGAAGCUACCGAACAAGAAACAGCACAAGCAGAUGCAGGCACAGCUAGAAAAAGUGAACCAAAUUAACAUUCAUCUACACGCACUGUUUUCCGCCGUCGAGCAUGGCCACCUGGAAAAAGCACGCACCAUCCUGGAAAGCACGGACGUGGACGUUAACAGUCUCAACAGCGACGGUCUCACGCCGCUGGACGUGGCCGUGCUUAGCAAUAAUCGUUCGAUGACUAAAAUGUUGCUCCAGCAGGGCGCCAUCGAGAAUGCACAUUCUGUGCACGCGGCCAACAGCAACAUGGGACUGCAUCUGAACAAUCUUCUCGGCGAGGCCGAAGCGACCGUACACGAGCUGGGAAACUUUGACGGCAAUCAGCCGGGCAUGGUAGGCAGCGAGCGGACCGGAUCUGGGGCCAAUGCCGGCAAAACUACCUUCUCGAACAUCAUCGGCAGCAGCGGUCCCUCGGUUACCAGCUGUACCGGGAGUGAAAUCGACAAGCAGGUGGGUCUGUGGGAACGGCGCGUCAAAGGACUCCGGCGGAUGAUACUCGGCUGGGACCAAACGAAACCGCCCGAUGUACCGAACCGUAUCGACAUCGACGUGACCGGCUGCAGUGCGGUUAGCUUGCGGUUGUACGAACCGCUCGAAGGUGCCAUAACUACCAAAUUCAAAGUGCAAUGGUCAUCACGAUCGGAUUUUAGCAACGUCGUCGGUGAACGUGAAAUCAGCGAAUGGUGCAGCUUCCAUGGGUGUAUGGGUGCGGUCUGCAAUCUGAACGAGCUGAUCCAGGGCCGGCGAUACUUCUUCCGAGCGUGUGCCGGCAACGUGAAGGGCUGGGGACCGUACAAACUAUCCGUCCCGAAUUGUGUCGUACCAUCGAGCUGGCGUGACGUGGAGGGCCGGGACAAUCGAUUCGCUGGCAAACAGCGCAAUCUGGACGAGCUGUUCAACGCCGUCCGCCUAGCACGGCCCGACGAUGCAUCCGAGAUAGCGCUCGACGGUGGGCAGCAGCAGAAGCGGGCGACGAAAAAGAAAACCACCAUCAAGCAACUGUUUUCGGCAGCGUCCAAAUUUCAGAAAAAUCUCAAACGGGGCAUUUACUUAGCCUGCGUCCUGUACCAUGAGGAUAAGCUAUUGCUCACGAACGAAGACUUCGUACCGGUAAUUGAGAUUGAUGAAACCUUCACCAGCAAUCUGCACACGGACUUCUACUGGCUGAUGAAGGUUGCCUGCACAUGGGACGAUGUGAAGUUGUUGCGAAUGGACAUGGAACGUAACGCAUCGUCGGCGAUACAUUUCCGCACGAAAUUGUUGUCUGCCGCCUGCCAGAUGCAAUCUUCCUUAUCGAUUACCGAUCUGGGACAGCUGUUUUAUCGCCCGCUACGAGACGUGCACGGUACGGUGGUGCUAUCCUGUGUAAACUGUAUUAAGAGUCCCAAAGCGGUAUCGGUGCUAAACUCGCGGUGGAUACAGCUAAACAAAAUCCACAAAAAGCUCGCCCUCUCGACGGAGGACAGCAGUAUCAACGAAAUUCUAAUGAACUCCAUCCAGGAACAGAUCAACUAUCAUCAGGUCUCGAACAUCCGUCUUUCCCGUGGUCUGUACGUAGGCUAUCUAAAGAUGCAAAGCUCGGUAGACGUCAUCCAGGUAGUAGUACCGGUCAAGGCACCGAACGUGCUGCCGCACUGUAAAAUUCGUGACAAUCCCCACGUGUCGGCCGAGGAAUGGGAAUUGAUAAAGCAGCACAAACCUUCCAGCAUUUUAGAAUUUCGACCAAAAAAUCAAGGCCCUACCGAGGUUCAGCUACACUUCCUGGAAAUGCUCACCAAAGCCGUCCACAAUCUGUUCCAGUACAUGGACAUCCCGGUCGAUGUGGCGGUCGCCCACCGGCUAUACGAUGUGGAGGUGAUCGAGCUGAACGCGGACGUAAGCUUUCUGAUCAUUUGUCCACCGGCGGAAAGUAGCUGUGCCGUGCCGGGCCAGAAAGAAAGCUUGCUGCAGCGGGGCGAUCUGUUCUCGAUGCCAAUACAGGCGUUCGAAAUGAUCCAUCUAAAAACGUACCAGAGUAGCAUCAUACAGAAAUACUCGCGCUUGUCCUGCAUUCUUGAGCUCGAUACGAUGCUGGCAAAUCAUUUGCAUCGGGAAGCAUUUAGCAGUUCGGAGCUUCAGAAGGCGAAAGAUCGGUUGGCAAAGUUGCAAGAGCUUUCGGGUGGUUUAAACACAAUCUGGAAAGGUGUUCGAUGGUUGAUGGACGUGAUCGGUUAUGCGCGGGAUCGUGCCAAUAUGCCAGAGCUCAACAUGAAACAGAUACUGGAUUACAAGACUACGUAUUUUGGCAAGCUGCCGAAGGGUGGUAACGGUGAUAAGAAAAAGGGUGGCAGCGAAUCGCAACUCCUUCAUCCGCCUGGUACAGCUCCACCGGGUGCGAACAGUUUCCACAAGAGUAGUCCGGGUCGAGGGUCAUGGCCCGGUCCGGCGGUAGAGAAUACGCUAGGGCAUAAUGGUCUGCUGGAUGCGGAACACUCCAAGUCCGAGCAACUGCUGAAGUACAACAGUGCCCGGUUUCUGAACGUUAGUCAGGCCGGUUCGCGCAAGAACAGUGCCGAUUCGAACUCGGUCGCCACCCACAGUAGCUACUACUCGGUGACGGGCGUAGAGCCGGAGAAGGAAUUUGUAGUAAUGCCACGGUUGCCUCCGUCACGAUCGGAAGACACGCUCAACAGUUCAUCGCAUCAUCAUGGAGGCGAAGCAAAGCAUCCCGGGGGAACGGUCGGAAUGGGCGUUGGGAGCAAAAAACGACCACCUACCAUCUACUCCAGCUAUUCGGCAACGUCCAGCCCGUUGCUUAACGUCCGCUCACCGUUUCUAGUGCCGAUGGUACCGACCUCCAGCCCGGUAAAUCUCGCCACGAAGAUAACGGUUCCGGUAGAAGAUAUUGAAAACUCCAACAAACAGAUGGCCAGUAUGGGAGGGCAACAAUCGGCACCCUUAACCACCGUAGCUGGUGUUACUGUACCGUUUAAAUUGAUGGCAAAAAAGUCACGUGACCAAGCACUAAAAGCAAUCAAUUUUAUUGAACGAGAGCAACAGCAAGAGAUGGAAAUAUUCGAGGAAACUAAACCCAUCCUCACGACGACGUACCUUAAGCCAACGCUAGCAGCCCUCCAGAACGAAGCCAAAUCCUACCAAAAGCCGGAAGUGGUAGAAUCUCGUGAGCCGGUAACGGUUCCAGGGCAGGAAGCACCACCCCCAACACCAAGUUCCGUUGCCAUCCAGGUGGAACAAACGUUACCGGUUAGCAGCAGCACCACCACCGCAAGCGAACCAGAACCAAGCGGCGCCUCGGAACCGACCACCGAUGCAGCAACCGGUGGAACCGUAGCAAACGCUACCAGCAUCCUACAGGUGUACGCAGCGUACGAAACCGGUUUACCGAGCGGAACCUCCCUAAAACUUCGCGUUACACCCAAAACGAGUGCACGCGAAGUGAUCGAUCUGGUCGUAAAGCAGCUCAACAUGGCGGUCGUAUUGAAGGGUCGCGAAGGACCAAUCUACACACCGGAACGGUUGGACAAUUUCUGUCUCGUGGCAGUGAUCGGUGCACGGGAACGCUGUCUGCGUGACGAUUUUCGACCACUGCAGCUUCAAAAUCCAUGGCGCAAGGGUCGGCUUUACGUGCGCCAGAAGCACGAUCUGUUGGCAGCGAUCGAACAUUCCAAUCGGGAUACGGCGGACAUUUAA